AUGGCACUGCCGCCGAACAUUCUAAUCGUGGGAGGAGGCGUUUUCGGCUUAUCAACUGCUCUAUCAUUGAGCAAGCGGCACCCAGGGUCUCAGAUUACUCUGGUCGAGUCCUCGCCCACAAUUCCCAACCCGCACGGCUCAUCCGUAGACACUUCUCGGAUCGUGCGCGCCGACUACGCCAACGCAGCAUACUCCAAGCUCGCCGCGGCCGCCAUCCAGCGCUGGCGCACCACGGACUGGGGCCGUGAGGGCCGGUAUACACAGAAUGGCCUGCUGCUCGUGUACCCUGAAGGGGGCGCCAGUGCCGAGGCCUACGCGCGCAAGAGCUACGCCAAUGUCCGCCAGAUCGAGGGCGACAAUGUCGUCUUCCUGCCCUCCCAGGCCGACGUGCUGAAGGUUGUACCUCCGUACGGCAAGGAUCUGGAGGUGGCCGGUGGUUAUGUGAAUUGGGGCUCGGGAUGGUCCGACGCAGCGGCAAGCGUGCAGUUCGCGAAAGCGCUGCUUGACCGGGAAACCAAGGUGGCGGUCCGCACGGGGACGGUUGAGCGGGUUCUGUACGACACGGCGGGCACGAAGCCGCGAGCGACGGGGGUCGCGCUGGCGGACGGCUCGGUGCUCACGGCGGACCUGGUCAUUUUGGCGGCGGGGGCGUGGACGCCACAGCUAGUGGACUUGCGGGGCAAGGCAGUAGCAACGGGACAGGCGAUUGCAUACAUUGAAAUCACUGACGCGGAGCAGCGGGAGCUGGAGAAUCUGCCGACGAUCUUGAACUUCGACACGGGCAUGUUCAUUAUUCCGCCGCGGGACAACUUGCUGAAGAUCGCGCGCCAUGCGUAUGGCUAUCGCAACCCGACGACGGUGCCUGUUCCGGGCGUGGAUCGCGCGGAGGGAAAGAUGAUGCGGGUGAGUUUGCCGAUGACUGGGACACCGAUCCCCUUGGAGGGUGAGGAGGCGUUCCGGGCUGCGUUGAAACAGCUGUUGCCGCGGUUUGUCAACCGGCCGUUUGCUAGUACUCGCAUUUGUUGGUACACAGACACUCCCGAUGGUGAUUUCAUUGUAUCUUACCAUCCCGAGUAUGAAGGCCUUUUUCUGGCUACUGGUGGCAGUGGACACGCCUUCAAGUUCUUCCCCGUGAUUGGCGAUAAGGUCGUUGAUGCCCUUGAGAGAACGCUUGAUCCCGAGCUGCAGGCUCUAUGGACUUGGAAUGAGCCGGUGGUCCCCAGGGAAGCGGAUGACGAUGGUGAGGAUCUCUUCGAUGGUGAUGGCAGCCGCUCUGGCGCGAGGAACUCGAAUCUCAAAGAGGAGCUGGCCAAGACAAAGAAAGCCACAAGAAUGAGUGCUCUGUAG